AUGGCAGAUCUCAAUUUCCUCAUCGCGCACGUGUUCCUGCCACCAAAAUUGCCCCAGUCUGACGAUUGGAGCGCCGAGGGAGAUAGAUUGCUGACUGAGCUGGUGGUCACGACCUUGCGUGGAGCUGUCGCAUGCGAUCAUAACGAUGCGAGAUGGCCAAUCUUGAUCGACUCUUUCAAUUUGCUGUUAUCGGAGAACGAGGACGGCUUCUUCUCUGAGUCGGAGCUGGCAGAUGCUCUAGGCUCAAUGCUUGUUGGGGGUAUCCACGUCCUCCACGUUCGAUCCCAAAAUGCCGGUAUCAUUGUUCGCAGAACACAAGAUAGCUAUGUUUUUGAGUCAUUUGAACUAUCUCCCACCACUGAUGUGGUCAUAAAUACCCAGGGCAGACUACUGCGCUCUUUUCCUGGACCAGCAAUUGCCAUCUCUGAUGAUCGAGUAGCUGAUGUCAAUUUCAGAGAAGCCUUUGCCCAACUUGUGACGCAACUGAGUGUCGAGGUUCUCCAAGACGUUGCUCCGAAAACACAUAAAGCCAACGUCACAGAAAUGAUUACGGGAAUUCUACGAGCUAUUGGAGAGCCGUCGGACGCUGUUCGUAUAUGGAAGGCCACAAGAGACGAUGUGCUGUGGGACAGAACUCUCGCCCCAUGGCGGAGAUGCCCCCGUUGGCUACUGCUACGAGUUGCUCUUCAGACAUCAUUGAUGGAAAAGAAGGCGGAUAAAAUUGUGCACACUCAGUACAAGUUUUUCAUGGUUCUACUAAUGGCAAAGCUCUUGAAUGAUGCUGUAGCCCAAUGCCUGCCAGGAGAGAUGCUUUUUAUCAUGUCGGCGAAAAUCAGUCGACGAAUGCUGAAGCUUGGAAACGCCGCCAAUGAUAUGCCAUGGAUCUACUUCGUUCGAGAUAGCAUCUCUGCGGCACAGGUAGAAUUAAACAAGAAGUGGUCUCUGAUUCAAGCAAAUCCAGACCCGACAGGAUUUAACGAAAAUUCUGGCAUCCAGCAUGCAGACGCCCACACCCAUCUUGACAUUCCCAGAAUCCGAGAGUAUAUCAUCGAAAUCACAAGUCGGCAGCCACUUUCUGUUAGCGACACUGGUCCUGCGAUACAUAUCUGCGAGGACAGAAUACUGCAGGAGGCCUCGUCUUUUCCAUCAAUUGACAUCUUGAAGAAACUAACUACUGAAAAUUAUCAGUUACACAUGCACGAUCUCGAAGCUUGGGUGCGAGACCAUUUGCAGCUGUGGCUAGCACUUAAUCUUCUCCGGGAUCCAUCGGUCCUUUCGUGCACAAACCUCGCUCGCGCGAUGUCGAUCUAUUUCAAGGCCGCCCAUAGAGAAUACCGCGGUAAUCCCACCAACUACUCUGUCAUGGUCUUAACUUUGAUGGAUUUGUGGGUUGCUUUAGACAAAUUUACGACCGCUCGAGAGCCCCUGCUAAAGAAGUACCAACCGGGGUUCCCGCCAUCCCUCUUUGAUAGACUACUUCUUCCCAAAAAGCAAGACAUGGAUCGAUUAUUCAGAAUUGAGGAAUACAUCGAACAGAGACGAGCGAAUUCGGAGCCUCGCUUUCCUCUUCUGUUUCUUGAAGGUAAUACGCCUGAUAGCUUCGCCGUUAAGUACUUCGAACAGUCUCCUGAGCUCCAGGAUAUCAAAAUCGAAAUCGAAAAUUCCGCAGCAUCAGACCGGGAAAAGAAGAUCAAGGAAUUUUCUACAAAGAAGUCUGAGUACAAUCAGAAGCUGGCACAAUCGAACUCGAUGUCGUGCUCGCAGAGAAUGGUAAUGACAGGAAAGAAAUCGAAAAGAAAAGAAGUCUCUCAGCACGACCCGAGCUGCCAGAAGUGCCUGCUGAAAUCCGCAGCUGUGGGCAUAUCAAUAGAUGUUCACGAGUGGCCACUUCCUGCCAAGGACGUCGAGGCAAAGGCUGCUGUAUUUGAACUCAAUGUGCCUGAAUUUAUCAGAAUUUGGAGAGAGUCAACCUAUGAAAUUCUAGUCGACCUCUUUGUCUGGGAUUUGAAAACACCAAGCCAACCUCUUGAUAAGUAUACAUGGCAUAGCUUCAGUGGCAUCAAAAAAUGGAUUAGAUGUCCGACUGGAAGACUUCAGUUAGCUUCCUCGAUCAAGGAUAUCUCCAGAUCCCACUACAAGAGCCAAAAAAUCAGCGCUACCUCGGAACAGUCGGUGUGCGUUUCCAACGGCUUGAAGUGUGUUAUGUAUGAUUCGGAAACCUUCCUAUGGACAAGCAAAAUACUCGGCAACCACUGCCUUGGGGGACGUUGCACGUUCAAACUCCCACAAGGUUCUUAUGAGACCCUGCAAUACGCCGUGAAGGGAACAACACAUACAUCGAACCAAGUUCUGGCGCAACAAGACGCCUGUCCAGAUGCCAUAACUUUACACGAGUUCUAUGCUUUCUGUACAUUGCGCGCGGGUCAUAGACUUCAGUGGCGGAAUAUUGCUCGAGAACUUGCAUCACAGGUCUUGAAUUUCCAGCAUGUUGAAACUCAUAUCUUAUUGCUCCAAUCAGCAUAUGAGGCAGGUCCUGGGAAUGACAAAACUGCAAGAGACUCGCAUCUGGACCUCGAGGAAGAGCAUUUCGGAUUGACCCUUGUAACUUGUCUCAACGACGGACUGUCAAGCGUAGAGGCGAAUUGGCAGGGUGCAUCUGCUGUGCGUACGUACACGGCUUUGGCAAUUCGACUGCUAUCCCUAUCUCCACAUGACGCUGUCCAACGUCAAUGUCUUGCAUAUUUGGAUAGAACUAGAAGUGUUGCGCUCCGUUGGAUGCAUGAUGUUAUUGACCUCCUGCAUACAAGUGAGGAAGAUGAAGAGCUCAGCAGACUGGCCAUCCGUGUUCUCGAUAUGGCCUUGACUUGCCACGGAACUUUUGACACUGAUCUGCGCUACAUUCCCUUUGUGCUCUCUUCGCCAGAGAAUGUCUCUAUUUUUGUCGAAUGCGCUAUAACCAUUCGUGACAGAACGCCAGCGGGUAAUGAAGAACUAGAUUCGGUCAUUCGCUCGGGAUUGGAACAUUUUAAAAGAGUUUCUCAUCGAUUCGAGUCAUCAUUACGACAGCUGAUUAUUACCGACCCGCGAGGUAUUGAUCUUGCCAUUGGUCGUCUCUGGACCGCAUACAAGCCGGUUGGCUGGUGGAUUGGAUUGCCUCGUCCAAACGAGGGUUAUGUACAAACAGAAGUCCCUUCAAGAGACGGUAAUUCCGUUCUAAAAAUCCACCUCAACAUCUUGAGCGGUAGCUUCCUUGUCAAUGGCUAUCCAUUGUCCCGCCUUCCCUUGCCUUAUGAGUCUCAUGAGUCUUAUCGUCGGCUGUUCGGUAGAAGAGUCCUAGAGGUUGUUCCGUCUCAAAUUGCCGGUAUGACUUUCGAAUCGCGAAAGGAGAUCCAUGGAUAUCAGGUUCAUUUCCACCUAAGUGAUGAAGAUCUCAUUAUCAAGGCGCUGAAGGAUGGAAAUGAGUAUGAGUUGUUUCCCCUUCGAGCUUUUGAAGGCGACUUUCCCAAAAGCUUCGUCACUGACUACACUCAUUGGUUUGAUUAUCGACUUGGCUAUAUUGAGUGGCGACCUUCUGAUCAGCCCUGGACUACUUCACCAAAUAAUUGGAGGACUUUCUCAUAUGAAACUGGCGAAUGCUGUCUUGUCCAAGAAAAUCGCAAGCUUGUGGGUAUUACAAAGCAUCCAGCUAAAGUCAUCCAUCGAAUUUUGAGGCCAAUCGAAAACGCCAAAAAUAUUCACAUUACCUUCGACUCGGUAGAGAAUCGACUCGAGAUCUCCCUUCCGCGUAUGAACCUAGACUUUUUCAUCGCGACUGGUAGCUCUCUUAUCGAAUCCAAGCAAUUCCGCGGGAUGGUAAUCGACGCCAACCAAUCUUUCGGAUGCUUAAACGGUCUUGUGAGCAAACUGGUCCUCCGAGAACUUGUAGGAUCAUCACGAGCUGUCAUUAUUCCAGAAGGCCGUUUUAUAGAGCAGCCAAAUAAUGAGCAUACUGAGGUCCGGAUUGAGAGAGGCACGACGGAGCAUGUUCCUUACCAUUAUUUUCAGAUCGAUAACCUACUCGGACGCCUGAUCGACAACGGCAGUCUUCGAAGUCGCCUUUUCCGAGUGUACUUGCAUGCAGUUACUUCUUACUGUUUACCCGAUGAUCUUACAUCUAAGACUGGAACAGAAGAAGCCCUUCAAACACUUUCUCAAGCAUCCACCCAGUCGCUUGACACUUUCAACCAGGAAGAUGUUGAACUCCUCGAGAAAAUAGCCUCUUUGUCGCCCAGUCGGGAAUAUUACCCAAAGCAUCUGAAGACCAUGGAGACUGUUCAUUGGAUGAAGCUACCGACACUUCAGCAAGACGAGAAGUUUUUCCAGAUUAUCGAGGCUAUGCUACAGAAAGCUGCAUCCCUUCAUCCAUUUCAAGAGUCACGCGUGGAGGCCCCUGAAUUCCGCAAACGUAAACAUAUUGAAUUAUACAGCAGAACAAGCAUCCGACUCAGCAGUAUUCGAGGAGAUGGAUACGGUGCGGAGAGCUUCACAACAGCGCAAGACCGUGUGUACAAUUCAAGGGACCGGAUCUAUGACCAGCGUCGCGAGAUUAAAGCUUGUUCUGUUGCAGAACUAGUCGAUACAUGGUCCCCGAAUUCGAGAGUCUGUCAAGGACUACUCCAAAAAUUCGAGUCAUGGGGCGCUCCUAUGUCAGCAGCUAGUCAUGAUGCUCUCAUUCGUCUCGGAUUUGAUUCUCGCUGGCUCCAGAAGCCCGAUGAUAUAUUCCCUGACUUUUUUUGGGCUUUCCGAAAAGCCUUAUCCAACUGCGAUCCAUACAAGGACAAGUAUUCGGUGAUGAUCUUCUUGUCAAGUCUGAGUUUCUCACCACACGCUGAUUUGGAUAUUGUUGAGGCACUGUUGGCCUUCGCGACAAGGGCAGAGCUCCGAGCAGUGCAGUUGCUGCCCUACGAGUAUUUUGACCUCGCUGCUGGUUACAGCCCUGUGUUUGAACGUGUGAUGGAUAUAUUCAAACGCCACUCGGCCAGCUUCGAGCAAUCGAUAGAGUUCAAGAGUGCCCGACAGCCAGGAGAAAGUGCCAAUGCUUCAUCGAAUCGCCGACGGCAGGCUUUCCACUCAGCUGCUGACGCAAAAUUCCGCGCUGUUACCCUGUCUCUUAUUGAACAAUGGCCGGCUAGGCCCCGAAAAUAUAAAUUCCCAGCAGACCAGAUGCAAAAUUUCAGCAAUUAUGUCAACUCCCAGAGCGCUGUGGAAGAGAUUGAAUCCUUGUUCAGGGAAUGGCACCGAAAUUCUCGGUUCGAGAAUCUCAUGAAAGAGAUACAGGCAGUUCUCCAACGUGGUGCAAUUGAAGUGGGUGAUCCGCCUGCUUACUCCUUCAGAGUGCCCGCAAGUGUCAGUAGCUGUGGCAUUCCUGGCUAUUUGAGCUUCGUGGACCUUCUCAAGAAUGCUGCACCAAAGGCAAUCGAGAACAAUGACAAUGCUCCAUGGUUACAGAGCUUACUUGCACAAAAGCAAGACGAAGCGAUUUCUGAUUCCGAGGGUCCAGCUGUGUUUACCGUCCAGCAUGAAGGAAAAUUGACGAGUCUGUUAGCAUUUCUAUCUGGAAAAGUUACGGGCACUUAUGAGAAACUCUACCUGGAUGACUUGAAGCGCAGUUAUGAAGCGUAUACACUGAACUCUGCCAAGCCGAGUCCUGCAGUUGAGAAUGUCGACAGUUUACUAAACAUUAACCUGGAACAGGCUUCCCAAAGAGCGGCUAGACUAUACCAGGAUAUCUGCUCUCACCUUCGAUCCCCUUCGACCCCAGGCCACGAACUAUGCAAUGUAGCACAAUUUUCGCCUCGGCUUUCACCAAGCAUCAUCCUGUCACAAUUGGGACGCGGAAAGCUUUCCCUUUUUUCUCUACCACUCUCGUGGAAGCUGGUCAUCACGCAAUUCGGUCUUGCGAUGACUGUUUUACAGCACGCUCAACGCCUGAAAGCCUGUUCUCACAAUAAGGUAGAGCUCGCUGCAGAGUUGAGCAACCAUGGUCACGUCGGAUGGAAUCCUUUAGACCAUCCGGACUGGCUACUUCUGGAACUGGAGAACAACAUCUUGAUUCGCCCAGAGCAAGCUCAAAUUGCCACGGAGAUGAUUUCACCAUCGUCGGGAUCCAAUUCGAUCAUGCAGCUUAAUAUGGGACUUGGCAAAAGCUCUGUCAUCGUCCCUAUAGUCGCUGCUACUCUCGCUGACGGAAACAAAUUGUCACGAGUCGUAGUUCUGAAAUCGCUCGCGACUCAGAUGCGGCAGCUUCUGCAGAAUAAGCUUGGAGGGAUGAUCAAUAGGCGCGUCUACUACUUGCCGAUAUCUCGGUCUUUGAAACUGAACGAAGAAAAAGCUACUCAAAUUCGUAAAAUUUACGAGGAGUGUUUGAACGAUGGUGGCGUCCUUCUUGCUCAACCCGAACAUAUUUUGUCUUUUGAGUUAUUAGGACUCGACCAUGCCCUUUCAGAUGUCGGAACUAUUGAAACUACGGGCUCCGGAGUAAGAUUUGUUGAAGGAAAUCCUGUGGGCUUCGCUAUGAUCAAGACACAGAAAUGGCUGCUCGAGGUUUCUCGUGACAUUCUUGACGAAUCCGACGAGCUUUUGUCAGUAAGAUUUGAGCUGAUAUACACCAUGGGCUCCCAACGACCGACCGAAUACUCGCCUCACCGCUGGCAGAUAGUCCAGCAUGUUCUCGGCAUAUUCGCCAAGACGGCUAUUCAUCUGGCUCAUGCUGGUGUUUUCCCCCACGGCCUGGAGGUCUUGUCUGUCAAAUCCUCUGAUGGCUUCCCGAGAAUCAGAAUUCUUCAAGAAGAGGCAGGCGUCGCACUUCUAUCCGCUGUUGCUCGGGAGAUCUGUGAUCAGGGCCUGCCCGGUCUUGCUAUUUGGAACUUGCCUCGGCAAGCUCGAAGCACUCUGUUCAGAUUCCUCACAGAUUCAUCGAUGACCGAGUCAGAGACGAAGCCACUUCAAGAAUGUGCACUCAGUGUAGAAUCGAUGAAGUCUGGGCUGCUGCUGCUUCGGGGGCUGUUCGCCGGUGGGAUUCUAGCAUUUGCUUUUGCGCAAAAGCGUUGGAGGGUAAACUAUGGCCUACAUUUGGUCCGCACGCGAUUAGCAGUUCCCUAUCAAGCCAAAGAUUCACCAUCAGCUAGAGCCGAGUUCUCACACCCGGAUACGGCAAUAGUGCUGACCUGCCUAUCAUACUACUACGGCGGCUUGAACGAGAAGCAGAUAUACGCUUCGUUUGAUGAAUUGUUGCAAUCAGACCACCCCCAAGAAGCCUAUCAGCAAUGGGUCCGCUCAAUUCCUAAUCUUCCGAAGGGCUUCAGACAAAUCAGUGGCGUCAACCUGAGCAACAAAAUUCAAUGUUCGCGAGUGCUAUUUCCGCUAUUGCGACUGUCGAAAGCCCUGAUUGACUUUCACACGUCGCAUCUUGUGUUUCCUAAAGAGAUGAUGGAAUUUACUCACAAGUUAUCCUCGUCUGGCUGGGAACUUGCAAGAGAAAAGCAGCAUCCCAUGACUGGGUUCAGCGGGACAAACGACAGCAAGUACGUGCUUCCUGUCGCCAUUAAGCAGUCAGAUCUACCCCAGCAGCUGAAGACCAACGCGGAAGUUCUCGAUUGCCUCUUACGGUCCGAGAACACCGUGGAUUCUGCUUUUACCAAAGGCGUGGAAGUCCUUGAUGCAGAUGCGCUGCUUAGAAUGGCAGUCAAUUGUGUUCCGGCGGUUCGGGUUCUUCUUGAUGUCGGCGCGCAAGUCUUGGAACUGAGAAACGUGGAGGUCGCGCAGAAAUGGCUAUCUAUGGUGGAUCGCACUGUUGCAGAGGCUGCCAUUUUCGUAAAUGAUGACAACGAAAUCUGUGUUUCCAGCCGCAGCGGUCUUAUAGAGCAGCUCCAUGUAUCGCCCUACGCAAACCUGAUGGAUCGCUGCCUGAUAUUCUUAGACGAAUCGCAUACGCGGGGAACAGACCUGAAGAUGCCAUCGGAUUACCGCGCGAUCGUAACUCUGGGUCCGGAUCUGACCAAGGACCGGCUGGCCCAAGCCUGUAUGCGAUUGCGCAAACUGGGAAAAGGACAAUCGGUUUGUUUCGCCCCCUCGCUAGAGAUCCGUCUGAAGAUCCUCCAUUGUAAUGGCAAGUCAGUUGGGGACGAUAUUGAUGUUGCUGAUGUUCUUGCGUGGUGCAUCACGAAUACCUGGCAGUCAACAAAGAGAUCCGUACCACUGUGGGCUACGCAGGGAAUCCGUCACUAUCGUCGCAGAGCAGCGUGCGAUACCGAGUCUGGCCUUCCGAGCAUUCCCCGGUCCAUACUCGAGCCCGAAGCCCAGAGCUUGGAGCAACGCUAUGGCAUCGGAAUCAAGCAAUCCAAAGAGCGAGAGGUCGUGUUUGGGAAUUCCGGUCGGAGCCAGUUUGCUUCCUUUACCAAGAUGAUUGACGAGAUCAGAGAGAAGUGCCGAGACUUCGGACUCACGUCCUUCCAGGAUUCGUCUCUGCACGAGGAGCAGGAGCGGGAACUACAGCCCGAGAACGAGAGGGAACAGGAGAUCGAGCGUCCAUCUCCGCUGCCUGCACGGCCUCAUCAUACCCACCCGGACGUUGUGAGGUUCGUAACCAAUGGCGAGAUCAAUCGCUUUUCGCCAGCUUUCAAACCAGCAUUCAUGACUUUGAUGAACACAAGCGCUGGAGCUGCCUUGGAAGUUCCUGCGUGGCCUCAAGACCUGCUUGUAUCGACAGACUUUGGCGAGACGGUGGUGCUAAAGAACGGAGACCAGAUGGACCAGUACCUCCGACCGGUUCACUGGCUACUCACGCUCAAGCGCUCCAAAUCCUUCAUCACAGUUCUCAUCAUCAGCCCGCAGGAAGCCAACGCCCUCCUUCCCAUCAUCCGCGAGAAGAACCUCGUCACCUUGCACGUCUACACUCCUCGAUUGAGCUUGGCGAACAACACGCUCGAAGAUCUGGCUUUCUGCGCGAUUCCGCCCCUGCCCGCCGACUGGGUCGCCCCUCCUAUUGGGAUCCAGAUCGGCCUGUUCGCCGGACAACUGUACUUGAAAAACAAGGAGGAGUAUCUAGCGCUCUGCUGGUUCUUAGGCCUGUGCUACAGAACGCCGGAUGAUCUGGUGAGAGUUGCCGUUGAUGGAUUCGUGCACCACGAGGACCGCGUCAACCUGGACACCAAGAUGGCUCGCUACUGCCGCUUCCAGCGGAGCCCGGUCCCGUUCCUGAGACUGCUUUUCGCGAUGCGUAGGAAGGGUCAGGGCUUCGUGGAUAGCCAUCUCGGACGCAUACUCAACGGCGAGCUUCUGCGGGAUGAACACUUUGUCGGUCCGGACUUUCCGGGCGGUAGUGUCGAGCAGGUCGUCGAGACAUCUGGAGGCGAGGGUGGAGAGAGUCAGGAUAGUGGCCACGAAGGCGUCAGAUUAGGCGAGGACAGCGAUAUCGAGAUGGGGUCUGUAUGA